AGACAAGGGUUGUGCAACCUUUCUCCUUCAAAUGAAAAACGAAACUUAGGGAAAGAAGCAGCAGUUUCACCUUUAAACCAGACAGAACGUUGCAACGUAGGACGACAGCACUUUGGAACCAACGGAAGGAAGACUUUUCUGCUGGCGGUUUAAAAAUGCUAACACACCAAAACCUACAGACACUGUGGCUUCUGCUACUUCUGCAUGCGAAUGGGGAAGCGACCAAAUUUCAGCUGUUCAGGCGCUUGCAGGAAGGGGACGUGAGGCUGGUUGGCUCCAGCAGGGCCUCAGAGGGCCGCGUGGAGAUCUACCACAACGGGAGGUGGGGAACGGUGUGUGACGACGGCUGGGACAUCGCUGAGGCGCGGGUGCUGUGUCGCCAGCUUAAGUUCCCCGGAGCGAAGGAGGUCGUCUUUGGGCAGAACUACGGGCCAGCGGCGACGGGGCCCAUCUGGAUGGACGACACCAACUGCAAAGGCACCGAGACCCGUCUGAUCAGCUGCGCCUUCAAAGGCUGGGGAUCAUCUGACUGCACCCACAAAGAGGAUGUUGGGGUCGUUUGUGAUACAGGAAGCAGGCUCCUACAAGGCUUGACUAAUUCCACUUCCGAUGCUUCUGGAUACUCGCUGGACCACAGCUACACCCUGUCCGAUGACCUGGGCCGAAUCUUCGACAGCGGAGUUGGCUGCGACUUCACCAUCUCCGUCAACGACGACAAACAGGAGAACGGGACGGAGGAGGUGAUCUGUGCUCAUAAAAUGAUCCUCUCUCAAGUCCCGCUCUUCAACGCCUCGGCGAAGAGUAGCAUCACGGUCAACAUCAGCCAGUCGUGCCAACCCUACUUCACCUCCUUCCUCAGGUACAUUUACACUCGCAAGAUCGAGGUGACCUUCUCGUCUGCCGAGUGCAUCCACUCGAUGGCUUCUGAAUUUGGGAUGAGGCAGCUGAUGGAGGACGCCGGGCGGCUUUUCGUUAAAAUGCUCCCGGAGGACUCUUCUUUCCAAACGCAGGUGUCCAUUUACAAGUACGCCAGCGACAGCGAGGACCUGGUUCUCCAGGAGAACUGCGUUCAGUACCUGGCCUGGAAUUUCCAAAACAUGACGCUGUCCCCAGCUUGGAGCCGGCUGCCGGUGGAGCUGCUCAAGGCCCUGUUGGCUCGCUCGGACCUGGUGGUGCCAGACGAGUACUUCCUGUUCCAGACAGUGGAGAGCUGGAUCGGGCAGAGGGGCGACGCCGUCGGCACAGGAAUCCAGGCCGAGCUCCUCAAUCUCAUCCGCUUCCCUAUGGUCCCUGCGGAGAGACUGUAUCAGCUUGAGUCCAGUUCUCUCUUCGGCGCCCACAAGGACCUGUUCUAUGAGAACAUGUUGAAGGCCUUCCAGUUUAACGUUCUGCUCUUCACCAAUCUGUCGUCCAACCCAAAGUUCACCAGGGAAGACGACGACUUCCAGCCAAGGAUCUACACCGCCGCGCCAUGGAGCAUCGCUUUCUCUCCUUCGACUUCGCAGUAUAACCGCGGUUAUAAUCAAUAUUAUGAUUCACGCCGUGGUGGGGUUUCAUAUGGGUCGCCUAGGUCCUUAAACACCCCGGCCCACAACAGCCUGCUGUUCAAGGACAAUAGGGUUCAGUGGGAGGUGACUGUCUUCUCGAACCAGUACGAAUGUUCGAACCGAGGCAUCCGCUGCGACUCGCUCCCCAUGGCGAGGCUGUCCACCUACAACAACCCACAGAACAGCGUCCUCUACCGCAACCGCCUGCUGCUGAAGUGCCGGGACUCCUACGUCUUCCAGGUUCAGGACUUCAAGAACAACCAGGCCCACGUCAGAGUGAACGGCACCGAGGCCGCCUCCUAUCCCUGCCCCGAUGAUAAGUACACCUACGUGUUCGUGGUGAGACCGGAGUACGUCUAGCGUCCCUCAUCCGCUCAGGCUGAUCCUAAAUCAUUUGCUGGUGAUUUGUCUUUUUCAUACGUUUCUCCGAAUUAGUUAAUUAACAUGUGUAUCAUCAGACUGUGAGCUGAAUCAUAUCGUGUAUCGUUUCCAGCUAAUAAAUUGAUUUCUGCAUCA